GUUCAUAACCACCCCUCUACACCUCCCCUCACUUUCACAAUGGCCCAGGAACGUGCUCCUCUCCGUCUCGGCUCCGUUGCCCCCAACUUCGACGCCGACUCCUCCAACGGCCCUAUCUCUUUCCACGACUUCAUUGGCGACAGCUGGGCUAUCCUGUUCUCCCACCCCGAUGACUUCACUCCCAUUUGCACCACUGAGCUCGGUGCUUUCGCCAAGCUCGAGCCCGAGUUCACUGCUCGUGGCGUCAAGCUCAUCGGUCUGAGCGCCAACGGCACCGAGUCCCACCACGCCUGGAUCAAGGAUAUCGAUGAGGUCAACGGCUCGAACCUCAAGUUCCCCAUCAUCUCCGACCCCGAGCGCAAGGUUGCCUACCUGUACGACAUGGUCGACUACCAGGACACCACCAACGUUGACGCCAAGGGCAUGGCUCUCACCAUCCGUUCCGUCUUCAUCAUCGACCCCAGCAAGAAGAUCCGUCUGAUCAUGUCCUACCCCGCCUCCACUGGUCGUAACACCGCUGAGGUCCUCCGUGUUGUCGACGCUCUGCAGACCACUGACAAGCACGGUGUCACCUGCCCCAUCAACUGGCUCCCUGGUGACGACGUUGUCAUCCCCCCUCCCGUCUCCACUGAGGACGCUCAGAAGAAGUUCGGUGACAUCCGCAUUGUCAAGCCUUACCUUCGCUUCACCUCCCUUAAGAAGGAGUAAAUCAAGGCAGAUUAUGACAAUGUCCCGCCCGAUCCUCGUCAACUCAAUCUCAUACAGAUGGGUGGCGUACCGAUCAUGAUAAAUAAAACAUGUUGUGACGGGGUUGGU